AAUAGCGCUGACCAAGAGUUUCACAUUGGUCGGCCCACACUGAUACGGCCACGUCAAGUGGACCCAAAGACUGAUGACGUGGCUGGAUCAGAAGGGGGAAGAUGUAGUAGGUUGUAAUGGAGGGGAGAAAUGAGAAGAAGAGAGGAUCAUUGUUUGAACAGUGGUCAAAGUCAUACAAAACACUUGAAAACUCAAGAGUCUGUCAUGUUUUCUUCUGUCUAUCUGCUUGUUUAACUUGGAAAGUUAGAAACUCUACAGUGAGAGAAGGAAAGAAAACAGUGUGUUUAGAGUCUUAUUGGAGUCAAGAGAGAAAUCUAAUGGAGUACGAGAGAAUAGACAAGGUUCAGAGCGGUAUUUCGCCAAGUAAAUUAAGGAUGAAGCUGAUGGGGCCUCAUCAUCACAGAAAGAAGGAUGGGUCAAACAGCAACUCUUCAAGGACAUCUCCGUCUAGGAUUGAGGAUUCUGAGUUUGUCGACAGUCUAUUAGCCUCUAAAAAUGGAGAUUUUGAUGAGGAAGUUCCCAGCUUAGAUGUUGCAGCUGUUAAAGUAUCCAAUGAGGUAGUGUCAGAUUCCAGCCUAAAUGAUCAAAUUUCUAGCCAACCAAAGGAGUCACUGCCAAGGGAGAGCGUUGAAGUGUGUCAUGCUCAAUUACAGCAAUUCUCAAAGGGUGUUGAUGGUAAUACCAGCGCAAUUCAUCCCAUGAGGACGCUAGAAGAUGAAAAUCUUGAUUAUGAUAGUAAUGCCAGUUCGUCAAGCUUUGAGUUUCAUAAAGGGGAGAAAGCAGUACACAGUUCCAUGACAAGGUCAUACUCAAGACCUAUGUCAUCCAAGUGGAAUGAUGCAGAGAAAUGGAUAAUGAACAGGCAAAACGUGCAAGCUACUUAUUCUAAGAAGAGUGCAUUUCACAACCAAGCUAAUCGAUUUCCCAUGACAAAUAUGGGGAGAGUUGCUCCAGAGUCGGCAAAUUAUGAUCAGAGGUUAGCUGUUAAUCGAAUAGCUGACACUAAGAGAGUAGAUUUCUGUCAAGCUGCUGUGCAGAUGCCAUUCGAGAAAUUCUCUUUUACUCCUUCUGGAGCUCAUCCUAUUUCAGCGCAAGCAUGUGGAGGAAACUUGUUAAGUGAUCAGUGCCCUCAAAGUACAGAUUUGAGGGAAGUGGCUCAGUGGGAUUUAUCUUGUAUAAAAAGUUCAGCAGAAGAUACAACAGUGCUGCCUGCAAUAAGAUCAGUUUCUAUGAGAGAUACAGGAACAGAAAUGACCCCUGUUACAAGUCAAGAGCCUUCUAGGACUGCUACACCUGUAGGGGCAACAACCCCGCUCCGAAGCCCAACAUCUUCAAUCCCAUCUACUCCCCGUAGAGGGGCACCAGCAUCAACACCUUUGGACCACGCUACAGAUAAUGAACCACAGCAUCCUGCUGAUAAUGGCAAGAAAGAAUUAUCUGAGCAAGAAAUGAAGCUUAAGACAAGAACAGAGAUUGUAGCCCUUGGUGUCCAGCUUGGCAAGAUGAAUAUUGCUGCUUGGGCAAGCAAAGACGAGAAGGAAAAUAUUACAUCGUCAGUCGAAACCUCUAAUAUAGAGGAGCUUGAGCAGAUUGAAUAUGAAAAGCGAGCAGCUGCAUGGGAAGAAGCUGAAAAGUCUAAGCAUGCGUCAAGGUACAAGUGUGAAGAGAUUAAAAUUCAAGCAUGGGAGAGUCAACAGAGAGCAAAACUAGAAGCAGAAAUGCGAAGAAUAGAGGCAAAAGUAAAGCAAAUGAGAGCCCAAGCUCAAGCAAAGAUGGUGAAGAAGAUUGCCAUGGCUAGGCAAAGAUCAGAAGAAAAACGAACUGCAGCCAAAGCCAGAAAAAAUCGAGAUGCUGAAAGAACUGCUGCUCAAGUAGAAUACAUACGCCAAACCGGAAGAAUGCCAUCAUCUCAUUACGUCUGUUGUGGUUGGUUUCAUAAUGUAUAGUAAACAAUGAAUAAAAGCAAAAUUGCUCAUACACCUGUUGAGCCAAUGUAGCAUCUCUUGUACUUUAUUUUGAGUAUUAACUAUGGUCAAGGAGUGUUGCAUUUACAGAGUGGCCUUAGCCCUUGGUUUUUGCAUAGUUGUUAUAUGAAAAGUUGAAAUGAAUAAUGCAACUGAUGCAAUAAAUGUCAAUUCCAAUAGUAUUUUCAUACCAAUCAUAGGGAGAGACUCUUGUUCCAAGUUUGACAUUAACUUAUGACUUAAAUGGAGUCACUCAGUUGAGGGUAGUUUCAAGAAUUCAAGGGCAUCGGUAUACUUUCCAAAUUUAAUUAAUUGAUUCAUGACAUCUAAUGGUUUUAGGAUUCGAAUCUCUGUACUUAAAAUUU